GUCACGUGCCCACAUGGCAGUGCCUUGCACAGGGUGACAGUAGUGAUCAUGGCAGAGGAGAAUCCGACAGACGAAGAUCAUGGCUACAGGCUGUUCCCUCAGAGGGACAGGAGAAAUCCUAAGAAGGCGUCCUUCAUGUCUACGCUGUACUUGUUAAAGUUUUCAUGUAAGAACAGGCUGAAGAUCGCUAUGCAGCAAAAUCCACAGGUUAAAAUACUUCUAGAUGCCAUGAGUAAAGCUGGUUGUACAGCCUAUCUGGAUAGACACUUUGCCUGUGAAGAAUGUGAUACAAAUGUAGCAGGGGGCUUUGAUUCAGCUACCUCUGAGGUUGUAUUAUGUCAAAAUACCAUUGCCAAUCAACAUCAAAUGAACAGAGUGGUUACACAUGAGCUGAUUCAUGCUUUUGAUCACUGUCGUGCACAAGUGGAUUUCUUAAGUAAUAUGCGGCACUUGGCUUGUACCGAGGUAGGUUUUUAA